AUGGGAAAUUUGUCAUCUUGUUUUUGUAAUUUAAGCAUAAAUCCUUCCCUCAAAACAGCCAAGCUCAUAGAUUUUCAUGGAAAUCUAAAACACAUAAAUAUACCCAUCACAGUAGCAGAGCUUAUGCUAGAACAACCCGGCCACUUCAUUUCCCCAGCAGAGGAUCUUCGACGCACUCUUCGUUUUCCUGCGAUGAAAGCGGACGAGGAACUCGAGCCCGGCAAGCUCUACGUCUUGGUUCCGACUACUAGGCUUCAUUCCAAGGCUUCUGCAUCCGAGAUAGCAGCUUUGGAUUCGGCUCUUCGAAACCGACGUUCGAAAAGGGCGACGGCGAAGGUUUUGCCGACGGUGGUCGUGGAGGAAGAGGGAGAAGGGGAGGAGAGUUGUGCCGGAUUGGAGGAUUGCCGGUUGGAGAAUAAGUGGAGGCCGUCUUUGGAACCUAUUUAUGAGGCGUCUGACUAA